AUGGAUCCAAGCAAGGCAGUUCCAUGGCAAGUCGAAUGGAAACGUCCGAGAUGGAAUCAAAUAUCAUCCAAAGGGGGAUCUGCCAAAGGCGAUGAUGAUGUUGUUGUUGAGAAGAAGCAACAAGGCAAUCAUAGUCCUACUACUGCUACUGCCACUGCUACUGCUACUGCUACGACUAAUAAUAAUAACAAUAUCCAUAAUACUAAUAGUAUUAUUGUCGGAUCCGCAUCCUCUCAGGUCGAUUUGGACGAGUUGCCGGCGACUUCGGUCGUCUAUUCCGAGUUGGUUGCAGCAUCAGCAGCAGCUACGGAAUCACUAAUGCUGACCGUCACCUUGUUGAGUCGACAGCCGGUGAAUCAAAUGAAGAAGGAUGCUCAUUCUACUACUACUACUGCUGCUGCUGCUGUCGCUUCGGAAUUGCUGUUGGAACUACAUUCGUUGCCCGCCACUACUUUGGAUAACAAUGAUAAUGUCACAAACGAUGAUGAGACAAAUGAUGACGACGAUGGUGACGAAAACAAACAGGAUUCAUCCAAAUCCUCCUCAUCAUCAUCAUCAUCAUCGUCACGGCUGUUGGCAUCCAAAAGGUUGCAAUGGCCAGAAGCAGUCUUUGAUGAUGCAAUUACGACGCAAGACGAAAUAAUAAUGGUAGAUCAAGAAUCGGAAGAGAAAAAGGAAGACGACGACGACGACGAGGAUGAUGAUGAUGAAAAUGAAAAUGAAAAGGAUGAUAACAAUCAUGAUACUGCAAAAGAAUCAUCCAAAGGAGGAGGAACAUCAUUAUCAUCCUCGCCCAAGAAGAAUAAAAAUGCACUGUCCAAAUUACAAGAUUGGUUUACACUCUCACCACUCAUGGGCAAAUUGGAAAGAAAGUCCAAGGCGGAACAACAAGCAUUUUUGGGAAAUCAUAAUCCAAAUGGAUUGCUUUCGGCCGUUUUGAUACGGAGGCCCAAACAACAAAAUGGCGGUGCUAAUGCUAAUGCUGGUGGUACCAAAGAGGAUGUCAUGGAUACCAUUGCCUUGAUGAGUCUGGGCAUGGCGGCUGGUAAUAAUGCGACGGCACCAUUCGGACAACAACAACAACAACAAAAACAGCAAGUAGAUGGAGCAUCUGCAUCACCAUCCAAAAAGGAAAAGAUGCCUUCAAGUACUAGUGGUAAUGAUGAAAACAGAACGUCCAGAAAACAAAAAGACGACAACGGCAAGGAUGAAAGCGAUAAUGAAGAAAACGAAAAAGACACUGCAUUACCCGAUCUUUAUUUGGCCUGCAUGACGGUUCGUGGACUGGUGGCCAUUUACUCUCCUUGGACGUUGCUUCAGCUGGAAGAAAUGAAAGCUCCGACCUCCUCGAAUACAACUGAAACGAAUGAAGUGCGUAAGAAGAAGAAUAUUGAAUUCGUCGACAGUCUGGCGACCUUGUUUUUGGGACAAGAGAUUUUCGCAGCUCUGGAACAAUCCUGGAAGCCAUUGUCGGAGCCCCUAUCGACCAUUUCGUUGAGUAUUCUGGAACAAAACCAAGUGUACAAGCAACGGCGGAAGCGUCGUCGAGCCCUCGAUGUGAGCCUAUGGAAUCAUUUGGUGGAAUCGGCAACGAUACCCCAUCGGACCGUGGCGAAUCGGGCACAAACGUUGGCCGUGGCGGGGCCGUCCUACUUGGCCGUCUUUGGAUCGGGAAUUCCAUACACACAAGUCUUUCGACAUGAUGAUGAAUCUACCAUGGGAGGUGAUCCAACUCAUCUCCAAUCUGUGGAGCAUCAACAGAUGGAAGACGACGAUGGAUGGUGGGAUCAACAGCAGCAGCAGCAGCAGCAGCAGCAGGAUGGAAAACGCAAAAGCGAGGAAGUUGCUUUUCUGAGACCACGAAUCGACUCCAACGGGAGCAAUUGGUCGCAAGAGAAUGAUGACGACGGCAGCGUGCCAAAAGUAGAGCUAAUAUCGGGACCAAUUCAAGAAUGGGUUCGUCGAGAUUCGGAUCUGGAUGAAAAUGCUGACAAGGAAAAUGAAGACGAAGCAAAAGCAAAUAAAAAGCUGAAGAAAUGGUGGCAACGGAAAGGUUCAAGUGCGGAUACGGACGACCUUCCUCUGAGUCUUUCGACUGGUGGUUUUAUCACCUUUUGUUCGGUUUCGCAAUGGUCCGAGACGAGGACACUCUUCUUACCAUUUGUGCCGAAACAGAUUUCCUAUAUCCCAGAGUGGAACUCCAUGGAAAUUGUCUUGGUAAUGGGUCAGACACAGGCCAUUGCGGUUCGUUUGGACUCAUCACAAGUCCCAGUAGUAAUUGGGAAUGUGACGGAUCAGCUGCAACGAAGCGUUGUGGAUUCUAUAGAUGACAGUUUGGGAGCACAGACGCCUGUCAAAAAUGAGAAUUACAUGAAUAUCAAGCGAUUUCAGGUCCUGCCAAUUGCCAUUCCACAUUCAACAGUGUCGUCUUGUAUAUUGUGUGGGUCGGCUCCUGGAGUGCAACCACCUUCUUUGUUGCAAUUGUUUACCGAAGAGACACAUCAUGGAUUGGUGCUACAAAAAUCGCUGAAAGGGAUCACAGCUUUGGGGACGAUUGAGCUUUCAUACGCUCCCAGCGAUGUAGCGAAAAUUCAUGUUGGCGAAACCGAGUCGCUUUCGUCGUCGUGGUCUGUUCUUGGGCAGGGCUGGUCAUUGCUUGGCACAAACGAGAACGUCUACUUUAUCUGUUGGGAGGGAGCAACCGUUGCUGGUGGCGUUGCUUUAGUACAUGUGUUGGAUGCAUCUCCGGUUUUGGCCUCGUCUCUUCCAACGUGCGUCGAUUUCGUAUCUCAGAGAAGACCAUAUAUUGCCGAUAGAGCAUUCGAGAUCAAGACCGAUCUUAUGGGUCCAUACGAGAGUUUUGAAACAAAAGACAUUACGAACGAAGCAACGGAAAAGGAUGCAAUCGAUCGAAUAGUAGUCGAAGCAAUGGAGAGUGUAUCUGGGUUCAGCUCACGAUCGCAAAUUGAAGACGACGAUGAGAUUAAUCGCGAAUCUCACGGCUUGUCAGAAGAAAUGCAGCUUUCGAGUCGUGAAAAGAGUGUACGAUUACUCAGCCGAUGUUCCAGUUGGACGCGAUUGGAGCACACGCUCGACAAAAUGGAGCGCCAAGUACACAUCGUUUCCUUACGCUCGGGCAAUGCACAAAGUCCACAAUAUACUUUUACGUUGAGGCAACUCUUUGUUGAAAAUGGCUCAACUUCACCUUUUCACCAAGUGUUGUCCUGGCUUGCAGAUCGAGGAGAUUAUUUCACUGCUUCGAGUAUCGCUCUAAGUCUGUUGCAGGAUGUCGAAACACUGUAUCAUCUUUGGACAACGUCGGACAAGAUUGACAAUACUGAGGAGCAAAACAUGCUUGAAGGCUUGCUGGAUGGAAUUGAACCGAUCGAGGAGUUUGAGGACGAGAACGGCACACCAAGUCCUGCCACGGUGCAGUUGGCCGACAUGACUGUUGGCUGUCUUGCUAAAGGGGGGUUUGAGAUGUCUUCAACACUUGAGAAGUUCCUACGAGAAAAUAAGCUUUACGACCCUCCGAGAGCCUGCCUGAUGCUUGUUUCAACAACUGCAAAGGCCUUAUCUGAUCACUAUGAAAAAACAGCUUCAAGCAACAAUAGUGUUGAGGAACUCCUUUGGCCUGUGCGAAGUCUGUUAGAAGCUGGCGUUGCAAGAGACUGCCUUCCUACCGCAUUGUUGCUACUCAAUAGUACAAUCCCCGAUGAAUUGCGUGGCAGAGAACAGGAAUCAGGUAUCGCCAUGAUUGACGUUACCACAGCUCUGAUUUCUGCCAUCGUUGCUUCUGAUAAGAAUGCAGCUGAGCUGUUGUUGGAUCUGAUAGAUGGCACUUCCAACCAAAAAUACUGGCAGUCGCUGGAUCACCAGACACAAUUGGUGUUGUCAUUGACCUUUGUCAGCGGAGGGUAUCCUCUAUUGCGCCAUCGAGAAAUUCGAUCGUGGACAAGAGAUAGGCUACACUCUUGCGUCGCUGAUGAAGCUUCUCCAGAGACUCAAGAUUUGCCAUCUGAAUGGCUCAAAAAGCUGGUUUCAGCGUGCCUUUCAAAUGCAGGCUGCGAUCAAGACGAAUUUGAUACUGGCACACCCAACGAAAUUGAGAAGGGUUCUAUGGACUUUGAGGACUCCGUGGACCACCAUCGGCGUAGAAUGCUGAAGUACAGGAAAAGUCUUACUCCAGUUCGAGGCAGAGUUGGAGUGGACUUUGAUUUGCUCGUUCCAUGCCUUCUCAUCCUGCAUCGCAGAAGGAUCCAGUGGAACGGAGAUGACUCAGAUCAAACACAGUCCUUAUUGGAUGCAGCUUGCUAUGUGGCCGGUCGCCAUAGUAACGACCAGUUCGCGUUUGCUUUCGAUAGUUCUACAGUGAUGAAGCAGUGUGCAAUUGCAGGAAACGUUAGAGCCGCAGCCAAGCUAAUUGGGGGAGCCAACGGAUUCGUGUUGCACUGCUCAGACAUUCUAAUCAAGCAGUUAGGUGUUUCAAUGAAAGAUGCCGAAGCAUUUUUAUUAAACGAUGCUUUAUCUGCAGAUUUCCUCGAUUCGUCCGGUGGGAAAGAUGAUUUCCAGUUGGGAGAAGCACACCGCUAUCUUUUGCUGCUACUUGAUGAGCAUAUACUGACAAUACAAACCUACGGCGAGUUCGACACCGUUCAUAUUAGAGGCAGAGUCGAUCCAGUAUUUUCUUCCAGAUCAAUCUUGCGGUCAUGGUUGUGCAUCUCGUAUGGUGACAAAAUCAACAGCGUUGAUUGGUUAGUAAAGUAUCUGCGAAAGCGAUUGAGAAUGGAUGGCGACGAGGGAAGAAGUCCAUAUCGUCUGCCUUGUGCUGCGCUUUGCCGCUCGUUGUUUUGGGCAAAAGGAGGCGGCACAAAUGACUCACUCUCCGUGCAAAUGGGUAUGGACAUAACAUUUCUUGUGCACCUGGCUCUUUCUUGCUGUGGACUUGUUGAAUCAAUCCCACUGUCAAUUGCAAAAGAAAUAUCGGCGAAAGCAGAAAAACCAAAGCUGUAUUCCAUGCCACAGGUCCAAUUUCCGUCUGCAUCAAGGCUAAAAUAG